GCUGCGGGAGCCAUGCGGCGGGCGAGGAGCGGCGCGGCGGCCAAGCCACGCGGGCAGAAGCGGACCGGGGCCUCCAGGGCCCCUGCGGCCGCCGCCUCGGCCCCCGCUGCCGGCCGCGCACGGCCACCCGCGGGCCAGACGGGGGGCGGGAGCCGGGCAGCGACGAGGCAGCCGUCGGCCAAGCGGCGGCCGCAGUCGUCGCCGCGGGCGCCGGAGGCGGGCCCCGGGGAGCCGCCGCCGGAGCCGCCGCUGCCCCCGCCUCCGCCCGCGGCGCCCUCGGCGUCCGAGCUGGACCUGGGCGAGCAGCGGGAGCGCUGGGAGACGUUCCAGAAGCGGCAGAGGCUCAGCUUCGAGGGCGCCGCCAAGCUGCUGCUGGACACCUACGAAUACCAGGGCCUGGUGAAACACACAGGAGGCUGCCACUGCGGGGCGGUGCGCUUUGAAGUUUGGGCCUCGGCAGACCUGCACAUCUUUGACUGCAACUGCAGCAUCUGUAAGAAGAAGCAGAAUAGACACUUCAUUGUCCCCGCCUCUCGCUUCAAGCUCCUGAAGGGCGCGGAGAGCAUCACCACGUACACCUUCAACACGCACAAGGCGCAGCACACCUUCUGCAAGAGAUGCGGCGUCCAGAGCUUCUACUCCCCCCGCUCCAACCCGGGCGGCUUCGGAAUCGCCCCCCACUGCCUGGACGAGGGCACCGUGCGCAGCGUGGUGGUCGAGGAGUUCAACGGCAGCGACUGGGAGAAGGCCAUGAGGGAGCACAAGACCAUCAAGAGCCUGUCCAAGGAGUGAGCGCCCGCCGCCCGGCGGGGAGGGCGGCCCGCGGCCCCCUCCUCCCUGCAGGUCCCCCCGGCCACAGUGUCUUCGGCAGCUCUGUCCUCCCGCAGCUCGGAUUUGGAUUUUGACAUAGGCUAGUUGAUACCCUUCUAUCUCUUCCCGACUUUUGUGUGAUCUUUUAGCAAAAUAAAUAUUUUUAACAUGAAA